AAAUUUGUCGUCGAAUCCUAUUUAGCGGCAUAACAUAUUGAUAAAAUAACAUGGUUAGUUUCUAGGCCCGUCCCCUCCACGGCAACAACAGGCUGGAGCCGUGUUGCCGGCAAACUACUGAUAGACAAGAUGCUGCGGUAUGUUGCCCGACAAACGACUUGGAUGAAUGCUGCUACUGGGGUGCGUUUUAAGUCUUCCAAAACCAAACAUUCGCUACAAGUUGACUAUAGUGGACGAGUGCACACUGGAAAAACAAUGGUGUCAAAAUCACCAAUCGCUUGGUCGUCAGGGGAAGUAACACACCCAGCUCCAUUAGACUGCCCCAUUGGGAACAAAGACGUGUAUCCUAAAGACCAACCUGAUGGUGGUCGGCAAUAUUUUGGAUUUGUGUAUUAUCCAAGGUUUCCAGGAGAGGUGGAUCCUCCCUAUGAUCCUGCACCGCUGCAUCUCGUCACCCGAGUGAGAACUCUCUAUAAAAGGCCAUGGUGGGACAAAGACAUCAUGAAAAGACUGGGCCUUCAUGAGAAGAGAAGUAAGGUUGCAAUUGUCAAGAACAAUCCUGAAAACAAUGCGAUGCUGUGGAAAGUGAAAUACUUGGUCAAGGUCACACCUUUGAGAGUACCUGCAGACCUUCCAGAUGAUGUUGACCCCAGAUGUUGUUUCUUGAAGGAGACAGGAGAAUUUUCUUAUUCUAAAAGUGUGCUGGUGAAGGAUAGUGAUAUGCAAGAACCUCCAGAGAUUACUGCCACUAAAUGGAAUGGAUAUUUUAUUGAAAAGCAUACGCGAAAACUCUGGGAUUAUCCAUGGCAGCUAAAACUAUGCUAAGCCUGCACAAUAAACAGAACACACUUAAGGUGAUAUUUUUUUUUUUCAUUACAGUGCAAACACUUGUCCUUUGUAUUCCUUUCAAAUUCAUUGGCAUCAAUUCAUAAUAAGAUUGUAAUAUGGGAAUGAAGUAUAAAAAAUAAACUGGUAAAUAUGUAUAUGGUACAUAGUUCACAUUUAUAUGGUUAUGUACGACUUAACAGUAUAAUGCUGUAUCUAGUUCUAGUAAAUAAAUAUUCAUAUUAAUUUG